ACUAAUUAGUUUAAACUAUUUCGUUAUUUACAAGCAGUAGCUUCACAUCCAUAUUGUUGUAUGUUUAGUAUCUAUUCACAAUAGAUACUGUAAUGCAAUCGGAGAAGCAGAAAACCAAAACAAAUCACGACAACCAUGUGCAUACCUCGCAAGAUAUUAACACCGAAAGUGAGAUAAAUAAAAAUGCCACCAAAAUCAUCGAAUAAAAAACCAAACGCACCGUCAUGGUUCCACUGUGAGUGUUGUGAUGUUCAUAUAACUGCGAAGGAUCGCGAAAAGCAUGAAAAAGUCUGUCCUAUCGGCGAAAAUGCAGUCAAGUGCGAUUCAACCCCUCUGGAAUAUAUACGUGAUGGUUGCCUGUUUACUGCUACGAUUGAACGUCAAACGUUAAGCAUUGCUGAACUGCAACAGUUACCCGAUAAAUAUGUCAAUAAUCAAGUUUUCAUAUCGGAAGGUGCGAUGCAGUUAGCAGGUUUCUAUAUCGGACAAUAUGUUUCAAUAAGUGUUCCUGGCAGUACAGAAUCGCCUAUACUAGUCAGAAGUGUUUGGCCUAUGCCGGAAAAAUUUUUAACUACUGUUUUUGUUACAAAUGAAGAUUUAAAAUUAUGCUGGCAGUCGUUAAGAGAUUGUGUGGUGAAAGUAGAAAAGUUGCCCAAUGAUUUUGCUUCAGCUGCACAGACAGUUGUAUUACAACUGCAAGAGCCUGAAGGUGAAUUUACUGAACCACAAAUAAAAGAUAUUGAACGUUUACUAAGGCAGCAUAUGAAGAACUUGAUAUUUGCACCAAAUAAUAUAAUAAAUUACAAUUUCUAUAACAAAACAUUAAAAUUAAAAGUAGUAAAAUGGUUUCGCUUUGAAGAUCAAGAUAAUGCAGAAAAAAAUUCACUUGAGGCCGCGUUUGAAAAUUUAACUUUGCAUAAGCGAGGAAGUAAUGAUUUUUUUCGAGUUAUAAUUGCUACAUACGUAAAAGUGUUGACGCAAACACAUAAUACAGAUAGUGAAGGAAGUAUCAGGCAAAAAAUAACAGUAGCUGACAUUGGUGGUCUCGACCAUGAAUUGGAAACUGUAAUGGAGUGUAUCGAUUUGGCACUGGGUUUCAAAUUCGUUCCUUACGGCCUACAAAUUUCACGCGGUAUCCUGUUGUAUGGUAGCAGUGGCUGUGGCAAAACAAUGAUUUGCGAAGCAAUGUGCAAUAGAGUUCUGUCCAUGGCAGUAGACCACAAAAAAACAUAUGUGAUAAAAAUUAAUCCCAGUGAAUUGUUUAGCAAAUUCCUUGGGGAAACAGAGCAAAAUCUGCAUUCAUACUUUAAACAAGCUUUCGAUAAUUAUCCUGAGCCCACACUUAUAAUCAUAGAAGACCUCCAUAACUUGUGUCCUCAAAAUGAUACGAAUGAAAUCAUUAAACGCGUAUCAAUGGCCUUUUUGAGUAUAUUAGAUGAAUUAAACACCAAAAAAGAAGCACAGAAAACUUUUAUUUUAGCCACCACCUCACAGGCCAACACUUUAAAUGUAGGUGUGCGUCGCUGCGGUCGUUUAGAUAGUGAAAUUGAGAUUAAUGUACCAACUCCUAAAGCUCGCAUUGAUAUAUUAAAACGAAUACUGCGCAAUGUGGAGCAUAACUUGACUAACGAGGAAGUCGAAGAAAUAGCGAAUAUUACGCAUGCGUUCGUAGGAGCCGACUUGGGAAAUUUACUAUACAACGCUACAGCAAAAGCAUUUAAGAAUAACAGAACUAAACUAGAAUUCGAAGAUGUUACUACGUCACUAAGUCACGUCAAACCAUCGGCAAUGCGAGAAGUGUUAAUAGAGUGCCCCAAUGUUCGUUGGACUGAUAUUGGUGGACAAGCUGACCUUAAGUUAAAGUUACAACAAGCCAUUGAAUGGCCACUACAACAUCCUGAGAAAUUUGAGCGACUUGGUAUAAAACCUCCACGUGGUGUAUUAAUGUUUGGUCCACCUGGCUGCUCAAAAACCAUGAUAGCUAAAGCUUUAGCCACGGAAAGUAAAGUUAACUUUAUUUCCAUUAAAGGACCUGAAUUGUUUUCAAUGUGGGUUGGCGAAUCUGAGCGAGCAGUAAGAGAGGUUUUUCGUAAGGCACGUCAAGUAUCGCCUGCCAUCGUAUUUUUCGAUGAAAUUGAUGCCAUAAGCAGUGAACGUGCCGAUAGUGGUUCAGGUACAUCAGUAAAAGAACGAGUGCUGACACAACUUUUAACAGAGUUGGACGGUGUUGAAGCAUUACAUAAUGUUACAAUUGUCGCCGCCACUAAUCGCCCAGAUAUGAUUGAUAAGGCAUUAUUACGUCCUGGUCGCUUUGAUCGCAUAAUUUAUGUAGGAUUACCAGAUGCUAGAGCGCGUCGUGAAAUUUUUUCCAUCAAACUACACCGUAUGCCAAUAGCAAAGGAUGUCGAUCUUGAUGCAUUAGUGGAACAAACAACUGGCUAUUCAGGUGCUGAAAUACAAGCUGUUUGCAACGAAGCUGCUUUAAAAACGUUAGACGAAAGUUUUGAGGCACAGCACGUAGAGAAUAAACAUUUUACAUAUGCUCUAAAUGCUGUUAAGCCCCGCACAAGUCCAGAAUUACUUCGACUGUAUGACGUUUAUCUAACACGGCAAAGCUAACACUUUACUCAAAUUAUG